AUGGCUGACGAUGAUGGUAUGAUGCUUUUGAACCUCGACACCGCUUCCAGCGGCGAUUUUGGUCCAAAAACAACCAAGAUAAACGGCGGAAAAUGGAAAGAUCGCAGAAGGGUAAAAAUUCAACAAAAAGCAGCAGAGCGUGGUGGUCAGGGUUCUGAAACUUUGGGAAACUUGCCUUUGAAGCGUUCUAGGACGUCCGAUCGCGGAACUCCCGCGAAGAAAGCCCCAAAAGCUGAUUCUAAAGGUGCCAAAAACGGCAGAAACGGUGGUAAUAUCAAUAGUGAGCAGUACGUUUCGUCACUGUUCACUUCCAACAGGGAUAUGGUCACGUCCGCAAAUAGCAAUGCUCACGAUGAGAACUCCAAAGUGGAUCCUUCGAACGCACCGCUUUUGCAGGACUCGUUUGAAGCCCUUGGAGUGGCAGCUCCGUUAUUGCAGCUUCUGAAUAACAAGAUGCGCAUCAGUAAGCCCACCAGGGUCCAAAAGCUGAGUAUUCCUACACUUUUGGAAGCUCAAAACGAUGUUUUCGUUCAUGCUCAAACGGGUUCCGGUAAAACUCUGGCGUUUCUGCUACCGAUUCUGACCCGAAUCUUGGCACUGGAGGAGCGUGUGGACCGGCAAUCUGGCUGUUUUGCUAUGGUUAUCACGCCAACGCGUGAACUGGCUUCGCAAAUCUAUUCUGUGAUGUUGACUCUGACUCAGUGCUGUCACUAUAUCGUCCCAUGUCUGCUUAUCGGUGGAGAGCGCAAGAAAUCCGAGAAAGCCAGACUUCGCAAAGGCUGUAACUUCAUCAUUGGCACACCCGGACGUAUUUUGGAUCACAUAGAAAACACACAGGUUAUCAAGGAACAGAUGGCCUCCACAAUGAGAUAUUUGGUUCUGGAUGAAGGUGACAAGCUAAUGGAACUUGGAUUCGAAGAAACCAUCACCAAGAUCAUCAGCUUUCUCCACGAGGUUCCUAUAGACACCCUUAAGUUUCCCCAGCUUCCGCAUCGUAUCACCCAUACGCUGUGUAGUGCUACGCUCAAAGGUGGGGUCACUAAACUUGGAAAUGUCACACUCAAGAAUUACAAGUUGAUCAGCAGCGGCCGUAAAGAACAAGAAGUGAGCACUGUUCCAGAUCAAUUACUGCAGAGCAUCAUUGUGGUUCCUCCAAAGCUGCGAUUGGUGACCCUGGCAGCGCAACUCAGCAACAUCACCGCGGAGCAUAUCGCGGCUGAGAACAAGGAAACUACCCGCACAAUCGUGUUCUUAUCGUGUUCCGAUAGCGUGGAGUUUCACUACGAUGCCUUUUCCUAUGAUGAUGGUAAGAGUCGCUCUUUGGUUGGUGACUCUGCUAGAAUGUUAUCUGGAAAUUCUACAUCCCUGCCCUGUCUGUCGCAGGUCACAGCCCCAUCGGUGGUAUGCUACAAACUUCACGGUUCUUUAUCACAGCAGACUCGUACUGCCACCUUGCAAAGCUUUUCUGGCGAAACUGACGCUACCCGUGGAAAGCAUCUGAUAAUGUUCUGCACUGACGUUGCCAGUAGAGGUCUGGAUCUACCGCGCGUCAGUUCCGUAUUGGAAUUAGACCCUCCUUUCGCUGUAGAAGAUCAUCUACAUCGUAUCGGCCGUACUGCUCGUGCUGGUGUGAGUGGUAAGUCGUUGUUGUUUUUACUACCGGGCGAAGAAGAGGCAUACAUGGAUCAUAUCAAGCCUUACCAUCCCAAAGGAUGGAAAUUGUUGAAGUUCGAUCAAGACAUUCUCAAACCUGCUUUCAUGGAGUCCAACGUUUUGAGAAGCGAUAGAAGAUCCGAGAAGGACGUUUCCACCGAGUGGGAUAAUAACGCAACAACCUGGCAUCUCAACGUAGAAAGAAGAGUUCUGGAAGAUCAAACCUUUAAGGAGCUCGCUGUAAAGGGCUUUAUGAGUCACAUAAGGGCAUACGCGACACAUUUAUCGCAAGAGAAGAAGUAUUUCAAUGUCAAAUGCUUGCAUUUAGGGCAUUUGGCCAAGAGCUUUGCAUUGAGAGAAAGACCAAAAGCCAUGGGAGCGGCAAGCUCUCAUAAUAAAAACGGAGAAGCUACAGCGAAGAAGCCCAAAGAGGACACGAGAACGAAAAUGCUUCGCUUGGCAGACAUCGCAAUGCGCCAAAGCCAGAGGGAAUUUAACUACUAA